AUGAUCGAGUGCCGAUCGAAUAUUUUCUUCAAUUCUACGUCUUCAUACUACGUUAGUCUCAUCAUCACGACAUCGAACUAUUCUAUCGAUCAUUUCUUUUCUCGUUCAACCAUGUGUAUCAAUAAUUCGAUAUCGUUUUCAUCUAUCUUUAUGACUGAUUUCCCAUCGUAUGGUUUAAUUGGCUUACUCGUCAUUGGUUUGCUCCUUUAUUUAGCCUAUGUCAUAUUCUAUGUACGAAAUUAUCAUCAUCAUUCGUCAACAACGAUUUAUAUUCAUAUCUCCCAACUAUCACUUCUAUUCGUUUUAUUGUCUUCGAUGACAUUUUUAUUUCGUCCUACAGCAUCAAGAAAUUUGAUCUGUACAAUUCAAUCACUUUCAUUGCAAAUAUUUCCUUUUUUUCUCUUACUUGGUUUUAAUAUUCAUUUUUCACAUCAAUGGUUCUACAAAAUGGCAAAUUCGUCAACAAAAAAACCCUGUUUAAUAUCGUUAAGUUCACUUCUCUUAUUUCUUCUUGUCAUCCUAAUUCAAGCCGGCAUUCUCAUUAUUUGGUUCUACAAUUAUCAUAAUUACGAAGACAUAUUUGAUCAAUGCUCGAAUGAAUGUUCACGACCAUUAUAUCUUUGUUCUUUAUCAUUGAAUUUCUUCUUAUUAUUUCUCUUUUCAUUUCAAUCAAGCAUACGGUAUCAUUUAUAUAGUUACCGAAAUGAUCUUAUCUAUUUACUAACGAGUCUUCUUGCUCUGUGUGUAACGAUUACAUGGAUAUGUUUAUAUCUAUUUAGUUCUUUACGAUCAUUAUUAACAUUUUACAUGAAUAAUAAUUCGAUACUUGCGUAUGGAAAUUUAUUCUUUGUUUACACAUUUCUUGGACCGUUUUUAUACGAAGAACUUUUCCUAGAAAAAAUUUGUCCGACAAAAGGACAUGUACACAAUAAGUCUAGUAGAGCGACAUUCAAAUGUUUAUCCUUGACUAAAGAGCAACAGCGUGUAUUCAUGGCUGCGUAUAUUAAACGCAAUUUAACGGCGUCUUGUGAAAAUCUUACCUCGAUAACAAUUUCAUCGCCCAUACCAGUAACGAAGCAGAUCAAUUCUCGAACAUGUCAUUCCACCUUAAGUGCAGAUAGUUUAUGUCCAACGUUGGUGAGCACUGUGUCACAAGAUGUACCGCCAAAAGUUUUACCAACAGAUACAUCAAACUGUGGCACAUUAACAAACGAAUAUUUACUUUUGUCCACUACAGUACUUCCCAAUAGUGAGGUGAAAUCAAAAUGA